UCCGCAAGCGUUGUCGGGGUGUGGGCGGGGGCGGCGGGGCCCUGCGGACGAUGAACGGGGCGGCUGCGGGCGGGGGCGUCGUGGGGGGGAGCUCGAGCGCCGCCCCCCGGCUGAGCAGUUUUCUGCCCGCCAUCCCCUCGUCCAAGCUGACCGACGUCUGCUACCUCAGCCGGGGCGCCUACGGCACCGUGUCGGCCGCCCGGCACGCGGACUGGCGCGUCCGCCUCGCCGUCAAGUACCUCACCCUAAGGGACCCCAUCACCGACAGUGAAAGAAGAAAUGUCUUACGAGAAGCUGAAAUUUUACAUAAAGCUAGAUUUAGUUAUAUUCUUCCAAUUUUGGGUAUCUGCAAUGAGCCUGAAUUUUUGGGAAUAGUUACGGAAUACAUGACCAACGGAUCAUUGAAUCAACUUUUGCAAGGGAAAAAUGACUAUCCGGACAUUGCUUGGUCAUUAAGAUUCCGAAUUUUGCAUGAAAUUGCAUUGGGAGUAAAUUACCUGCACAACAUGAGCCCUCCUCUGCUACAUCAUGACCUGAAAACUCAAAAUAUCUUGCUGGAUAAUGAGUUUCAUGUAAAGAUUGCAGAUUUCGGUUUGUCGAAAUGGCGUAUGGUGUCCCAGUCCCAGUCAAGGAUCAGCAAAUCUGUGCCCGAGGGAGGGACCAUCAUCUACAUGCCCCCGGAGGACUAUGAGCCCAGCCAGAAGUCACGAGCCAGUGUCAAAUAUGACAUAUACAGCUAUGCGAUUAUUACUUGGGAAGUGUUGUCAAGAAAGCUGCCCUUCGAAGAAGUUGUCAACCCUUUGCAGAUUAUGUUUAGUGUGUCACAAGGAAAUCGACCGGACACAAGUACAGAAAGUCUGCCUCUUGAUAUUCCACACCGAGCUCUUAUGAUCUCUCUAAUGGAGAGUGGAUGGGCACAAAAUCCAGACGAAAGGCCAUCUUUCUUAAAAUGUUUAAUAGAACUUGAGCCAGUUCUGAGAACAUAUGAAGAAAUUAACUUUCUAGAAGCUGUUCUUCAACUGAAGAAAACCAAGUUACAGAAUGACUCGAAUCUCAUCCAUUUGUGUUCCAAGAAGGAGGUGGCAUUAACGCUCAACAUUCCUCUAAAUGAACAUCCACAAGAGGUACACUUUUCUCCAACCCAGGAAUCCUGUGGCAAUCCUCUUCACAACCAAAGAUUGUCUAUAAGUAGUGCAUCUUCUGGAAUAUCAAAGCCCAUGUCUACUUCACUGCAUGACAUGUUUUCAGCCGAGCAAGAUCAAGACUCCUCUCCAGCACUUCCUUGCUCUCUGAUAAAUCACAGUUUGGAUGAUAACAUCUCUUUACUCCAGAGUGUUAAAUCUUGUGGUCCAAAGAAGUCCUGUUUUUCAUCAGUAGAUUCUGAUAUAUCAUCAAACCCAGUGUCAUAUACUUCAAAGCUAGUCAAGGAAAAUUCAGAUCUGCUCUCAGAGACUCUGCACAGUGGCAUAGCUCAACAGUGGAUCCAAAGUAAAAGAGAAGACAUUGUCAACCAGAUGACUGAGGCCUGCCUUAACCAGUCCUUAGACGCCCUGCUAGCAAGAGAAUUGAUCAUGAAGGAGGACUAUGAACUAAUCAGCACCAAACCUACAAGGACAUCCAAAGUCAGGCAAUUGCUUGAUACCACUGACAGCCAAGGAGAAGAGUUUGCCAAAAUUAUAGUGCAAAAGCUGAAGGACAACAAACAGAUGGGACUUCAACCUUACCCAGAAAUAUCUUUGGCUAUUAGGACAACAUCUUUAAGUACAUCCCAUUACAAAAGUCUGUAAGGGGUUUUGAAAAGGUUGGAAAGGUCCAUUUUUAAAAGGUCAUUUUAAAAAUCUGUUACGUUGGUUACAGUUUUACUACAUACGUUCCGCUGAGAGAAGAUCAGGAGCUGGCUACAUUUUAACAUGAAAAUUAGUCACUUGCAUUUGAUGCAGCGUUAUGUGUUUUUUAUCAAUACAAACAUAAAGUUUUCAUUCCUUAUUUGAAAUAAUUGCCCUAAGUGGUUCAAUUUUUUAAAAUGUCUGUUUUUAUAAAAUGAUGCUACUUUUAGGUGAAGCAGUUUCAAGUCUUGCUUAAUAUAGUAUUCAUGUCCAUAAAACAUGAGGUGUGUGUUUUUACUCUUAGAAUCAAUCAAUGAUAUUUUUUGAGCACUUACCGAGUACAGAGGGUUGUACUAAGCACUUGGGAGAGUCCAAUAGAGUUGGCAGACAUGAUCCCUUCCUCAAGGAUUUAGCAGUCUAGUGACAGAGACAGAUGUUUAAAUAAAUUACAGGUAGGGAUAGCAACAGAGAGUAAGUAUAGGACAUAACUGCUAUGAGGGUAAAGGUGGAAUGAAUACUAAAGUGCUUAGGGGUUACAGAGCGAAGUGUAUAGCAACACAGAAAGGAGAGAAACUAAGAAGUAGUCAGAGACGGCUUCUUGAAGGAAAUAUGAUUAAAGUAGGGCCUUGAGGAUGGGGAGAGAGGUGUUCUGUCAGAUAUGAAGGGGGGAGGGAGUUCCAGGCCAUAGAGAAGAUGAGAGCAAGGUGUCAUCAGUGAGAGAAAUGGGAUAGAGGCAUAGUGAGGAGAUCAGUAUUAGAGGUGUGAAAUGUGUAGUUUAGGUUGUAGAGGUCGAUGAACAAGGAUAGGUAGGAUGGAGAGGGCUGACCGAAUGUCUUAAAAGCCAAUAAUAAGGAAUUUGUGUUUGAUGCGGAAGUGGAUGGGCAACCACUGGAGGCUUAUGAGGACUGGAGAGAUGUUUGCAUACUAUUUUGGAGGGAGUUUUUUUCCCUUUUUUUUUUUUUAAAUAACAUACGCAGCUUAAUGAAGCAUGGACUGGAGAGGGGAGAGGCUGGAGGCAGGGAGAUUAGCGAGGAGGCUGAUAACAGUAGUUGAGGCAGCAUCUGAUAAGUGCUUGUUGGACUAGUAUGGUAGCUGUCACUUUCUAAGUGGAUUAUUUAUUGCCGAACCAGAGUUAGACUUUAAAAAGUACAUGCCUUUAAAAAAAAAAAGUCUUCCAUCUAUAAAGUUACAAAGUCUCUUUAGAUAAACGGACCUAGCUGAAAUGCAGGUGGUCUUAUAAAGUUCCGUUUCAUCCACAGACAGUGUUAUUUUGUGCUUAAUCUAUUUUCAGCCCUGUAAUAUCUUCAGUUUUUGAAGAAUGAAUAAGGAUGCUGCAGUGUUGUCCGUUCCAAUAAAUUCAUUUUUCCUGACA